CUCACACCAUAAAAGCACCGGCUCUUCCCCUCUGCUAACAUUUCAAACACUUUUGCACCUCCUGCUCUUUCUCCUCCAUUACAUUCAUCCCUACCACCCAAAUAUCUCACUUCAGUUGUGUGCUAGUGAGAGCCCAAUUGUUUAAGUAGGGAGAGGGAAAAAGAUUGGAUUUUGGCUUGGGAUUUGGAUUUGAUAGUGUUUUGCUUGGCCUUGAAGGGUGGAAUUUGUUGUUGGGGGUGUGUUUGGUUUUUUGUUUGUUGUUUAUGAUGGAGAGCUCCCCAGGUGCUGUUUUUUCGCAGCAGCCACAGCUGCCUCCAGGGUUUAGAUUCCAUCCCACAGAUGAGGAAUUGGUGGUUCAUUACUUGAAGAAGAAGGCUGCCUCUGCUCCCCUUCCUGUUACGAUUAUACCUGAGAUUGAUCUCUACAAGUUUGAUCCAUGGGAGCUUCCUGGCAAGGCUACUUUUGGGGAGCAAGAAUGGUACUUUUUCAGCCCAAGAGACAGGAAGUACCCCAACGGGGCUAGACCUAACAGGGCUGCAACAUCUGGGUACUGGAAGGCCACAGGCACAGACAAGCCUAUACUCACAUCAGGAGGAACCCAAAAGGUGGGUGUGAAGAAAGCUUUGGUGUUCUAUGGAGGUCGACCACCCAAAGGGAUAAAGACUAACUGGAUUAUGCAUGAGUACCGCCUUGUAGAAAGUGGAGCCAGGCCUGCCAUUCUGCCUAACAAAAAGGGUUCUUUGAGACUUGAUGAUUGGGUUCUGUGCCGGAUUUACAAGAAGCACAACAAUUCUCAGAGGCCACCAGAGAGAGAGCAAGAUGAAUCAUGUGUAGAAGAAGUAUUGGCUUCUUUGCCUGAGAUUGAUCACCAACAGAAACUUCAUCUUCCCAAGCUUGGUUCUUUCUCUGGGUUGUUGGAGAAUGAGGAUCCCUUCCUAGAUGGGUUUUUGAACGAUGCAAGCAUUGAUGGAAAUGGGAACAAUAGCAGUCUUCAGGCAGAGCCCUCUAACAGGUACCAAACCAACAUGAACAAGAGUACUGAUUGCUCAUUUCAUACUGUGCCCAAGCAAGAGAUCUCAACCAUGGAGACAGAAAACAAGUUCAAUUCACUCAAGAGGACCUUUUCCUUAGCUUAUAGGGAUGAAGCACUCAAUCCCCCAAAGAGAUACAACAAUGAAAACUACAGUACCAACAACAAUGUGUCAGCCCUGAUUAAUUCAAUGCAACCCAAUCAGACCUUCAAUCAGCAACAGCAACAGAACUUGCUAGAUGCAUUGAAUGACUGCCAGCAGAAUUUCAGGAUGCCCUACAUGCAAAACAUCAAUUGGAGCUCCUCCUUGGAUUGAGGCCAUUAUCUGCACAACAUUUAGUUUUCUUUCCAUGGAAUCCAGGGAUGCUUUUCAAAUCUUACAGCAAUAUAGAUUUUAUUUACUAGGACAAUUUACAGCACUAUAGGGAUGGCUCUUAUGGGAGACCCACGGUACUUGUGCAUGAAGCAAAGAGCAUUGAAGUAUCAAUGUGACCAGUGGAAGAAGACUAAGACUAUUCAGCUUUAGGCAUACACACAUAUACCUAACAAAGACAAUUGUUCAUAGUGAAAGCAUUUUCUAUUUCAUCAGAUCGGUAUAUCAUUCAUGUGAACAUAUAUAGAGUAUCUACCAAUUCAUACAUACAGAUACUUACUCUGCAGAAAGAGCAGAAACCCAACCCACUCAAAUAUUGCAGAAAUCUCCUAUGUAUUUUUUGUAUAAGUGGAGAAGAGAAGGCUUGUAUUGGCAAUCUGCACAGAAGUCCAUUCAGUGUGAUCUAAAGUGCCACAGCAAAAACUUCACCAGUGCAUACAAAAAGUGUUUACUUGAGGAGACUUGCCAGUCAAAAAGCUUCUGUAUAGUAUUAUCAUUAUCUAUAUUGCCCUCUGCAUCAGAUCAUGCAGGGAAUAAUGCUAGCUCUGUAACUUUAUAUGGUGAGCCCAGGAUUUGGACAUGCUAGUAUUAUAUGUUUGAUUAACUGUGCAUAUAACAUCAUUGUAUAGAGGACUAUAGAAAUCUAUUGAUUGAUUCAAUUUGUAUAUCAGAAAUUAUUGUUGAAACUUCUUCUCUUGUGAUACUAAGUUGAUAAGUUGGAUUUGAUAUCUGAUUCGCUUUAAGAGGGAAAUGGGUUAAAAGUUUCCCAAUGAGAAAGGCGAUGAAGGCAUUUAACAAUCACAGUGGAGGAAUAAUAUGGUUUGUUGUAGAAAAAAAAACAGUUCCCAUGUUGAAUAUAUAUGAGUUUUUAACCA